GGUGGAGUCUCUGCAAUUAGCAAAUUCCCAAAAUCUGAGAACCCUAGAAGCGUUUUCUCUUCCGGAGCUCUCUACUGCAACUGGAAUCUGUGAAAAUUCCCUGGAAUGAUGCUCCAAAGAUCUCUUUUGGGAGCGGCUGUUCGAGCGGGGGUCAAUAUGCAAGCUUCUCGGCUCCAUGGACCUUCAUCCUCUCGACCUAUCCAUGGGUUAUCUCAAAUUCCGCGAAAUGCAAAUAUCUGUUCAGUUUUGAAGAAUACAGGCAUGAAACUAGGUUUGGGAGGAGCUACAGAGAAUGCCACUUUACCGUACUCCCGGUAUUUUAGCAGUUUCAUACAAUAUGGAAAGCAACCUGAGGCUGCAGAUGGGGUGGAUAGGGCAGGAACGGCAUCUGGCUCUAUGGACUACAUCCAGGGCUUAUUGCAGGACAGAAGGAUCGAUAUGAAUGAUCUUCCUCGACCACUUCAUCAGCCUCUAGUCGAAUCAAAUGCUGAUGUUGUCCACAUAAAGCUGAUGCGCAACAAUGCCUUUGUCACCUUGACAGAUUCUAAAGGAAAUAAAAAGAUCGGAACCUCUGCUGGGAAAUUGGCUGGAAAAGGAGGCAAACUCACCCGAUACUAUGGGGAUGCAGCUGCGGAAGAGAUAGGCCGUAAAGUAAGACAAAUGAGGACAAAAUCAGUCGUCGUGAAAGUGAACGGAUUGACAUUUUUCAGGAAGAAGAAGGAUGCGAUUCUCAGCUUUAAAGAUGGCUACUCAAACUCACAGCCGAAUGUGAAUCCUGUCAUUUACAUUGAAGACACGACCCGUAAACCACACAAUGGGUGCCGUCUCCCAAAGAGACGCCGCAUAUGAUCAUCUUCUUCUAGCCGAUGUGCGUUCGAUGAGGAUGGGGAUUGAGGCAGAUUGUCCGAGGUCAGUUUCGACGGUGUUAUUGAUCUUUCACUUGAGAAUAAUUCACAGGUAACAUAUAGAUUUUGCUUAAGUUUUGUAGCAACUGUGGUAGAUCGAAAAGGACAUAAGAUAUUUGUUUCUUGAAUGGUAAUCUUUCAGACAUUUCAUUUCAAAGAGCUAUCUACUAAUGAUUCUCAGAUU